AUGGCCUUCGUUGAUAUCCUCAAUUCGGCACAGCCGACUGAUUUCCUUGGAACGAAGUACACUAGAGCUGUCAAACAAACAUCCUUGGACCACAUUCCUGGUGUGCCCGACACCGUGGCCCACUUGAAGCUCCUCCGAGCGUUUGGCGAGCUCAAGCACGCAGUGGUAGGAACGGACCACGAUCCCGACUACAUUGUCAAGACCUGGCAGGUGUUUGUGACUCGUGCAGUCAAACGAUUCGUGGUGUUUGUCAGUGGGUGCAAGUAUACGUUAUCACUCGACCCGUCGUACGAAAAGGACGAGCACAAGAUCUUCACGGCGGGCGCCAAACGCAACCCCCGUUCCAUAGCCAUGUUGGACAGGGCGUUGCCCCCGUUGGACGUGUUGAUGGUGUGGCACUCGUUCUUGCUCAACCCGCGUGCGUUCUACGACUGCUUUAUCCGCAACCAGUUGCUCGAGUUCGCCAACUUUCCGUUCCCGUUGCGUAGAGUACACGAGCUGAUCGAUAACAACACCUUCUGGUACGAUCCUGACGCCAAGUCCAGGAAGGCGUAUGAGGCCAUCGUGCGCGACGUAUCCGCCGACGAGGACGACUGGUCGUACUCGUACGAGGACUUCUCGAUGUACGAGCGGUUGGUCUCAGUAUACUGCCCAGUGUGUGGCGAUAAGAUCUUGAAGGAUAUUCCCUACACCAAUUCGGAGAAGGUGGGGUUCGCAGACGAGUCGUUCAGGUGGACCAUCAACAGUGGCCACUGCACCUGCGAGUUCAGCCGGGUGAUCACCCACGAAGAACUCCGCAAAAGACAGCUUUAUGCAGACAUCACCUCCGACACCGUCUUGCCCAAUACCUACAGGUACUACUCCAGCGUGAUCAGCCACAAAUUCUUCAAGAAUAGGCCCACGCUCGCUAUCAGCGACAUGGUCAAGAAAGCGCUUGUAAGCACCGACUCUGCUACGUUCAGAAAGUCUCUGUUGGCGGACUUAAUCCAGAUAGCAGCGCUUUUGCGUGGGUACUUGUCCAUGAACUUGAUUCAUACUCUCGUGCCAAACGCCAUCCAGAUCUCAGAAGACUUGGUGGGGUGUGUGAUGCGACAAGAGCGGUUUGUGGAAAAGAUGAACGAAAUCGACUGGCUCCACUCGUCGUUGAUCCGCGAGAGCUUGUACGAAUCUUCCAUCAGAUACUCCCGGUUCUUCAAGUUGUUGUCAAGUUACGAUGACAAAAAAAUGAUGGUCCCCACAUUGGACAUAGACUUGAUUUGGCACACCCACCAAUUGUCUAUGUUCUAUUACUUCGGCGACUGUCGCAAGUCACGCAAGGGCUUCGUGAUUGAUCACGACGACAAGGUCGAGGAAAGCAGGUUGGACGAGGGCUUUGAAAGGACGGCCAAGGUGUACCGUGAAAAAUUCAAACAAGAGUACUCCAUAUGCAAGUGUUGGUACUGUGUGGCCAUCAGAUCGUUGCCGCGGUCCAAACUAAGCAAGAUCUUCGGUCGAAAGCUUCUGGCUGUGGAAGAAACCACAGCAUUACGACAAACCACUGCCCAUCGAACAUUGGGGUUGACCCACGCCAGUCUUCACAAUGCCAUUACUCUACCCACAGAUCUAGCCAUGAAACGGGAGGCGGAGUUGCUGAAGAAGUAUGGGGGGAAAAAGGUUCCCUGGAGAGAUGACAGUCCAGCCAAUAUGUACAGCAUGUACCCGAUGUUAUUUGUGGUUCCCCCAAUGGCACCAAUAGCCCUAGGGGAUUGUUCGUUCUAUGGUCAGACCUUGUGUUGCACGAUUAGGGAUUUUGGAAGCAACUGCCUGAACAUGUGCUCGGGCAUGCAGUUUGGACUGUGUGCCAGCAGUUUCUAUUGCAGUAAUGGUGGAGGCGGUAGCAAUUUCUUUGGGAGUACUGGUGGAGCUGGUUGUGGAGGAUCUGGAGGAGCUGGAGGAGCUGGUUGUGGAGGAGGUUGUGGAGGAGGAGGUUGUGGAGGCGGUGGAAACUAG